CGGAAACAGCGCCGGCCGGCGGCAAAGCGAGGGCGGCUGCCGCGGUGGGAAGUCGCUUGUGGUCCUGUGCCCUCGCUGGGCGGGCGGGUUCGUGUGGUGUGCUGUGGCGCGGCGGGCGGUAUGGAAGCGGUGCCUCGCGAGGAGAAGCCUAACCCGCUGCGGGAUGCCAACCUCUGCUCCCGGCUCUUCUUCUGGUGGUUGAAUCCCUUAUUUAUUAUUGGCCAUAAACGGAAGCUUGAAGAAGAUGAUAUGUAUAAAGUGCUGCCAGAAGAUUCCUCAGAGAAGCUUGGAGAGGAAUUGCAGUGGUACUGGGAUAAAGAGGUGCAAAAAGCAAAAAAGAGAGGAAAACCGCCACAUUUAACAAAAGCCAUUAUUCUUUGUUACUGGAAAUCCUAUUUAGUUUUUGGAAUUUUCACAAUGAUUGAGGAAACCCUCAAAAUAAUUCAGCCAAUAUUUUUGGGAAAAAUUAUUAAUUAUUUUGAAAACUAUGAUCCCUCAGAUGAGGUAGCUUUGAAUUUUGCAUAUUGCUACGCAGCUGCUCUGUCUGUGUGCACACUUAUUCUAGCUAUAAUGCACCACUUGUACUUCUAUCAUGUACAGCGGGCUGGCAUGAAGCUGAGGGUAGCUAUGUGUCAUAUGAUUUAUCGGAAGGCGCUUCGUCUCAGUAACGUAGCUAUGGAAAAAACUACCACAGGUCAAAUAGUAAAUCUUCUGUCAAAUGAUGUGAACAAAUUUGAUCAGGUAACGAUUUUCUUGCACUUUUUGUGGGCUGGACCAACUCAAGCUGUAGCAGUAACAGUACUUCUCUGGAUGGAGAUAGGCCCAUCAUGUCUUGCAGGAAUGGCAGUUCUCAUUAUUCUUCUUCCUGUCCAGACCUGCAUUGGGAGGCUUUUUUCUUCCCUAAGAAGCAAGACAGCCACCUUAACAGAUGUCAGGAUAAGGACCAUGAAUGAAGUCAUAAGUGGUAUGAAGAUAAUAAAGAUGUAUGCUUGGGAAAAAUCAUUUGCAGAACUUGUGAAUGGUUUAAGAAGGAAGGAGAUUGCCAUGGUUUUGAAAAGCUCCUACCUUCGAGGACUGAACUUAGCCUCUUUCUUUGUGGCAAGCAAAAUAACAGUGUUCAUGACUUUCAUGGCGUACGUGCUACUUGGCAAUGUUAUUUCGGCAAGCCGGGUGUUCGUUGCAGUGUCCCUGUAUGGCGCAGUAAGACUGACAGUAACUCUGUUCUUCCCUGCGGCUGUUGAGAGAGUAUCCGAGGCAGUGGUUAGCAUACGACGAAUCAAGAACUUUCUGAUACUUGAUGAGGUCUCACACUUCAAGCCGCAACUGCACGGUAAUAAUGAGAACAUCAUUCUUCAUGUUCAGGAUUUAACUUGCUAUUGGGAUAAGAGUUUAGAAAGCCCAGCACUUCAACAGCUUUCAUUUACUGUCAGACGAGGAGAAUUAUUGGCUGUGAUUGGUCCUGUAGGAGCUGGAAAAUCUUCGCUCUUAAGUGCCGUGCUUGGUGAGCUGCCUAAAGACAAAGGUGUGAUAAAUGUUACUGGAAGAAUCGCCUAUGUUUCUCAGCAGCCUUGGGUGUUUUCUGGUACAGUAAGAAGUAAUAUACUGUUUGACAAGGAAUACGAGAAAGAAAAAUAUGAAAAAGUUUUAAAAGUCUGUGCUCUUAAAAAGGACUUGGAAUUAUUAGAAAAUGGUGACCUAACAGUAAUAGGAGAUCGUGGAGCUACGUUGAGUGGGGGACAGAAGGCCCGUGUAAAUCUGGCCAGAGCUGUGUAUCAAGAUGCAGACAUCUAUCUUUUGGAUGAUCCACUGAGUGCAGUAGAUGCUGAAGUUGGAAGACAUUUGUUUGAAAAAUGUAUUUGUCAGGCCUUACAUCAGAAGAUCUCUGUUUUGGUCACUCACCAGUUGCAAUAUCUUCGUGCUGCAAAUCAGAUUCUAAUUUUAAAAGAUGGUAAAAUGGUGGGGAAAGGUACCUAUUCAGAGUUCCUGAGAUCUGGCAUCGACUUUGCUUCCCUUUUGAAAAAAGAUGAGGAGGUAGAACAGCCAUCAGUUCCAGGAACCCCCAACCUGAAGUCUGCCCGGAGCCGAACCUUCUCAGAGUCCUCUGUCUGGUCCCAGGAUUCUUCUGUCCACUCACAGAAAGACGGAGCAGUGGAACAACCAUCUGCUGAAAAUGCACUGGCUGCUGUGCCAGAGGAGAGUCGCUCUGAGGGAAAAAUAAGCUUUAAGAUUUACAGAAAAUAUUUCACUGCAGGAGCAAACUACUUUGUGAUUUUUAUACUAUUAGUAUUCAAUAUUUUGGCACAGGUGACAUAUGUGCUCCAGGACUGGUGGCUUUCUUACUGGGCAAAUCAUCAAGAAAAGUUGAAUGUCACCACAAAUGGAAAUAAUGGAGCAAAUGAGACUGAACAUCUAGACCUUAACUUUUAUUUGGGAAUUUAUGCAGGUUUAACGGUGGCUACAAUACUGUUUGGCAUAAUAAGAAGUCUUCUGGUGUUUCAAGUUCUUGUUAAUUCUGGUCAGACUUUGCACAACAAAAUGUUUGAAUCCAUUUUGAAAGCUCGUGUCUUGUUUUUUGACAGAAAUCCUAUAGGAAGAAUCUUAAAUCGUUUCUCAAAAGAUAUUGGCCACCUGGAUGACUUGCUUCCAUUGACGUUUUUGGACUUCGUGCAGACUCUCCUACAGAUUUUUGGUGUGGUGGCUGUGGCUGUGGCAGUGAUUCCUUGGAUACUCAUCCCCUUAAUUCCACUAUUUAUUCUUUUCAUUUUUCUUCGACGAUAUUUUUUAGACACUUCAAGAGAUAUUAAACGUCUAGAAUCCACAACUCGAAGUCCAGUGUUCUCCCACUUGUCAUCAUCCCUUCAGGGACUUUGGACUAUUCGGGCUUUGAAAGCAGAGGAAAGAUUUCAAAAAUUAUUUGAUGCACACCAAGACCUCCACUCAGAGGCCUGGUUUCUAUUUUUGACAACCUCGAGAUGGUUUGCUGUGCGUCUGGAUGCCAUCUGUGCCAUUUUUGUUAUAGUGGUUGCUUUUGGUUCCCUGCUUCUCGCCAAGACUUUGAACGCGGGGCAGGUUGGUUUGGCGCUAUCCUAUGCAAUCACCCUCAUGGGAACAUUCCAGUGGGGUGUUAGACAAAGUGCUGAAGUUGAAAACCUGAUGAUAUCAGUAGAAAGAGUAAUGGAAUACACAGAACUUGAAAAAGAAGCUCCUUGGGAGACCAACAAGCAUCCACCACCUGAAUGGCCAAGCCAAGGAAUGAUAGCAUUUGAAAAUGUUAACUUCACUUACAGUCUAGAUGGACCUCUGGUGUUAAGACAUUUGUCUGUUUUAAUUAAACCAAAAGAAAAGCAGUCAUUACUGCAUACAUCUGAGUCUCAGGCAGUGGGUAAUUGCCCUCUGGUGUCUGUUGGAAUAGUGGGAAGAACCGGAGCUGGGAAGAGCUCUCUGAUAGCAGCCCUCUUUCGCUUGGCGGAACCUGAAGGAAGGAUUUGGAUUGAUAAGUACUUGACGUCAGAGCUAGGACUCCAUGACUUGCGGAAGAAAAUUUCAAUUAUACCUCAGGAGCCUGUUUUAUUCACUGGAACUAUGAGGAAAAAUUUAGAUCCUUUCAAUGAAUACACCGAUGAAGAGCUGUGGAAUGCCUUGGAAGAGGUGCAACUGAAGGAGGUUGUGGAAGAUCUACCUAAUAAAAUGGAGACGCAGCUGGCAGAAUCUGGGUCUAAUUUUAGUGUUGGUCAGAGACAGCUGGUGUGUCUUGCCAGAGCGGUUCUAAAAAAAAAUCGGAUCCUUAUCAUUGAUGAAGCAACAGCAAAUGUGGACCCAAGAACAGAUGAGUUCAUUCAAAAGACGAUCCGUGAAAAGUUUGCGCACUGCACAGUGCUGACCAUUGCACACCGCUUGAACACCAUUAUUGACAGUGACAGGAUUAUGGUUUUAGAUGCGGGAAGACUGAAAGAAUAUGGUGAACCUUACAUUUUGCUGCAAGAACAAGACAGCUUGUUUUACAAAAUGGUGCAACAAGUGGGCAAGACUGAAGCGGCUUCUCUGAUUGAAACAGCAAAACGGGUGUUCUUCAGUAAAAAUUACCCAGAAGUUGUUCAGAAUGGUCAACUUGCCACAGACUCCUCCUUGGAUCCUUCCUCAGGAUUAUGCGUAACCGAAACUGCACUGUGAUUCCUAAUAACCUUAACUGUUUUCCAUAGAAUGUAAACCUGAGAUCAUCUAAACUCAGUGACAAUGUUUGCAAGUGUCAAUGGGAGAGGAAAGGGAGGGGGCGAUUCUUUGCACUGGACAUCCUUCCUAUUUAAUAUUGAGAAGAAAAUUUUUACUGUCCCUCUUUAAUUUCAGUGCAAUAUCUUUUCCUUUCCAACUAAUUAUGUUUGUAUUGCUAAGGAAAUUAGGCAGACUCUGUUUUUAUUUGAAAGUUAUGUGGUAGAGAUCUCUUUUAUUUAAACAGGUGCAGGACACCUAACAGGUCUAGGGUGCAUAUUUGGAGCUUAUUAAAAAAAAUUGGAACGUGUCCUUUUUCUCUUUUGGAGAUAUUUUGAGAGCAAGCAAAACUAAAAUUUUUUCAGUGUCACUUAAGCACGACAGCUAUGUCUAAACAGCAAAUUUGGUAGAGUACAACUUUGUUGUCUAAUGCAGCUGUCUUCCUGCCUCUCAUAAGUCGCUAUGCAGGUUGGUAGAAAAAAAGACUUGAACAAGCCAAAAAUACUUUUUCUUUUUGAUAGCAAAAAGUACUAUAUACUUAUUUUUUUGAUAAAUAAUUCAAAUAAUGCUGUUCAAGAUGAAUGUAAAUAUUAGUUUUAUUUUGCUAAAAUCCAAAUGCUGAAAAAGUCAAUCUCAAUCUUCUACACUUUAGAAGAGAAUUACCACAUUUGCACUGAAGAAAUAUUUAAAUAAUUUAACAUACAUUCCUCUUUUUAUCCAGGUUAUCAAAGAAAAAAAGGUAUUAAAAUAACUUGAGGAAACGUUUGAAUGACAUGUCAUUAUACCUAAAUACCAUGUAGUACAAAGUUAUCUUCAAGACAACACAUUGAAAUGUAUACUUUAUUUGCAUUUAUUGUGCCUUAACAUUUGUGCCUUCAAGCCAAAACUGUAACUGCAGGGUACACAACAAAUUCAUUAAAUAUAUGUUAAAAA